CAGCCCAAACAAUGACAUACGCGACGGCGUGAUAAUUACCUACCAAUACCCAGCCCGGAGACAUUCAAAACCCCUUCCCAACGGCGAAGAUCCACGCCAACCGCAAAGCAACAACAACGGAACCCAUCACUGUCCGGUAUCUCGGGUUUAAUUAUCUCCAUAUAGAUCUAUAAAGACAGACACAUCUGCUCUCGCGAGCAGAUAUCAUAAUACAUAGCAUACACAACCUCAACAGUAUUUCCAGAAAACAACCUUUCCAACCCAUCACCAGAUCACCCCCCAACCAACACCAAAAUGCCACUCCCCCCCAACCAGCGCAUCUUCAUGACCGGCGCCCACGGCUACGUCGGGAGCAGCAUAACGCGCAUGGCCAUCGCAUCGGGGCACACCGUGCGGGGUCUAUCCCGCAACCCCUCCAGCGACGCCAAGCUCCUCGCGCUCGGCGCCGUCCCCGUGCGCGGCGACCUAACCUCGCUCUCGAUCCUGCGAGACGAGAGCGCAGCCGCCGACAUUGUAAUCCACCUCGCGGACCCGUUCAACUACGACCUCAGCAACGGGUACGGACACGUAGUGCAAGCGCAAGCGGCGAUCGCGGACGCGUUCGCGGAGGGGAUGGCAGGGAGCGGGAAGCCGCUGGUGAUGACGAGCGGGACGUUGAUGGCGAAGCCGGACGCGAACGGUGCGGAGACGGACGAGACGGCGCCAUAUCCCGAGAACGCGAUUGUGCCGAGACAUCUUAUCGAGCAGUAUGACUUGUCGCUUGCGAAGAAGGGCAUUCGGGUUUCGAGUAUUCGGCUUGCGCCGUAUGUGUACGGGCGUGGAGGAAGUGGGAUUAGGAUUUUUAUGCAAUUGGCUGCCGCAAAGGGCGAAUUAAUCGUCGUCGACGGAGGGAAGUCCGUAACCUCGACUGUACAUGUCGACGACGCCGCACGGCUGUACCUACUCGCGGCCGAGAAAGCUCCCGCCGGGUCCGUGUACAAUGCGACUAACGCCACGGACGUCACGAACUUUCAACUCGCCGAGGCGAUCAGCGAGGUGAUGAACAUUCCCCUCAAGCACCACACGCUUGCCGAGGCGAGUGAGAAACUCGGAAGCUUCUUCGCUACCUUCCUCAACGCUCCGUGCCGUGCUUCUAGCGCCAAGGCCAAGAGGGAGCUUGGCUGGGAGAUCAAGGAGAAGGUGGGAGUCUUGGAAGAAAUUAAACAAGGAUCCUACGUAGCCGCUGCGAAGGAGAUUUUGAGCAACCCGAGUCCUGCUCCUGCGCACUAAGGGGCUGAUAGAGAAGUAACAAAUGACGGAACUCUUGAGAAUCUAGUUGCUAGGCGGUUAGGAUAUGACUCUGC